CCACUCAGCAACGGAAAGCAGUCACUGAGAAAUAUUGCAGAGGACUUUUGCCACCCGGACACCACAACUGCAACCUCUGUCUGCUUGAAAGAUAAAGAGAAGAGAAAAAUCCCAGAAACAUGAAUUGCUUGUGGUUUCUGUCUCUUCUUGCUUAUGGACUUACAAUACUGCAGGGAGUAAAUUGUUGGACAUACCAUUAUUCAGACACAAACAUGACCUACAGGGAAGCAGAGCUGUGGUGCAAAAAGAGGUAUACUAACAUGGUUGCCAUUCAGAAUAAGGAGGAAAUCAACUAUCUCAAUAACUUCUUACCCUUCAAUCCGGGUUACUACUGGAUUGGAAUCAGAAAAGUUAAUGACGUAUGGACCUGGGUUGGAACUAACAAAGAACUGACAGAAGAGGCAAAAAACUGGGCUUCAGGUGAGCCAAAUGGCAAAGGGAACAACGAGGACUGUGUUGAAAUCUACAUCAAAAGAGGGAAGGAUGAUGGCAAAUGGAAUGAUGAGCAGUGUGAGAAAAAGAAGGUCGCCUUGUGCUACACAGCUUCUUGCAACCCAUCUCUCUGCAGUGGCCGUGGAGAAUGCGUAGAGACUAUUAACAAUCACACCUGCCAUUGUAACCCUGGAUUCUAUGGACCUGAAUGCGAGUUUGUUGAGAGUUGUGAUCCGCUAAAGAAACCUGAUCAUGGGAGCCUUGAAUGCAACCAUCCAUUGGAGAACUUCGGCUACAACUCAUCCUGCACAGUUCAGUGUGAGGAAGGCUAUGAACUGACCGCACUGGAAUCUGUAUACUGUACCUCUUCUGGGGCCUGGUCUGCCCCCCUUGCAGCAUGCAAAGCUGUGACCUGUCCUGCCUUAGAAAUGCCUGCUCAUGGUGCUGUGAACUGCUCCCAUCCCUCUGUGGAGCUCACCUGGGGUACCACCUGUGAGUUCACCUGUGAGGAAGGAUAUGUUCUGACAGGACCAGCCACACUGCAGUGUGGGUCUUCUGGGGCCUGGGACAGGCAGCAGCCAUCCUGUGCAGCUGUGAGGUGUGAGGCUGUAACCUGGCCAGAAGAAGGCUUUGUGACCUGUGACCAUGCUCCUUCAGAUCUCACCUAUCGCUCACGUUGUGAUUUCCACUGCAGCGAGGGCUAUGUUCUGGAUGGUCCCUCCAGCAUUGAGUGCACAGCACAGGGACAGUGGUCAGAGCCAGUGCCAAAAUGCAAAGCUGUGACCUGUCCUGCCUUAGAAAUGCCUGCUCAUGGUGCUGUGAACUGCUCCCAUCCCUCUGUGGAGCUCACCUGGGGUACCACCUGUGAGUUCACCUGUGAGGAAGGAUAUGUUCUGACAGGACCAGCCACACUGCAGUGUGGGUCUUCUGGGGCCUGGGACAGGCAGCAGCCAUCCUGUGCAGCUGUGAGGUGUGAGGCUGUAACCUGGCCAGAAGAAGGCUUUGUGACCUGUGACCAUGCUCCUUCAGAUCUCACCUAUCGCUCACGUUGUGAUUUCCACUGCAGCGAGGGCUAUGUUCUGGAUGGUCCCUCCAGCAUUGAGUGCACAGCACAGGGACAGUGGUCGGAGCCAGUGCCAAAAUGCAAAGUUGUACAGUGUGAACCACUGAGCUCUCCUGAGAAAGGCUCUAUGGAUUGCUCACAUGGUGCUGGGAACUUCACAUACAACACAGCCUGCCACUUCAGUUGUUUAGAAGGAUGGAAGCUCAACGGUUCUCAUGUUCUCGAGUGUGGUCAUUCAGGAAACUGGAGUGCUAGUCUGCCCACAUGUGAAGCAUCUGAACUAGUCAGCUAUGUCUCUGUGGGCAUAGCAGCCACAAGUGCUUCUCUGUUGUCCACAGCAUCAUUCCUCCUUUGGCUUGCAAGACGUCUCCGAAGAAAAGCAAAGAAAUUUACUCCUUCCAGUAGCUGCCAGAGCCUAACCACCGAAGGUAGCUUCCAAAGUGCUGGCCAGAAUGUCUAACUCCACAUGUUUCAGGAAUUGAAGCCAUCUUUACUUAUGUCUCUGAGACUUCCCGGAGAAUGAAACUGCAUGCAAAUCAGCAGCUGUCCAGAUGUUUUUACCUCUUGCUGACAAUAGGAUUGGCCUUGUGUAUUGCUCAGAAAUUUUGAACUCAAGCUGCCUGGUAUUUCCAUUGAAGACAAGCAGAGAGUAAAACUCUGGCCUUCUGGCAAAAUACUGUCUACAUUCAGUCAUGUAGUUAUCAUAACUGGGAGCUUGCCAUCUCUUGUCCAGAUGGUGAGCAAAUAGUAAGCUGCUGCCUAAAGAGGAGGCUGGUUUCUCCUCUGGUCUACUCAAAGGUACCUAGGUGAGGUGAAGACAUGCAUUAUUUCACAUCACUUACUACACUGCUGGAGAUGUCUUCUCUGGAGACAUAUGGGUUAUACUUGCAGAAACAGAAUAAUUGGGAUGAAAAAUAUUAAUUGAAUAGCCUUGAAACCAUUGAUCUGGUUUAUUGUUGAAGUCAGUUCAUUUUAAGAGGAUGACCCAGUCAAUAAAUAUGCCUGUACUGUUAUGGGCAACUGUUUGGGUUUCUGCUGCAUGUCCCAGAAAGCUUACGGACUUUAAAGUCUUUUUUUUUUUUUUUUCCUCUAAUAGCACUAGGAAUCAUAGUGCUUGUACUAGGUACUCUGGUUUCUGAAUGCAGCAAGUAGAUCUGAAAUGAUCUCAUCCCUGUGGGAUUAUGCACUGUAAUACAGGUGUAUACAUAAAUAUUUAAUUGUGCAAUUUUUACUGUGGAUAUUUCUUUGCUGUUAACUGUAAACUAUUGUAAAAUACCUGUUCCUGAGUAGGUCUGUGGCCAUUGAUCUGGGCCUAAGUAACUUCAAAAUAAUUCAGAGGUGUUUGUA